AUGACGGAAGAGUUUGAGAAAAACGUGAGUUUUGUUUUAUUUUUGAAAAUAUUAUGAAGAAACUUCUAGAUUUGCAAAUUAUUGGAGAGGGUUUUUAAACAUCUUGAAAAUUUUUUUCGAGCAUUUACAGAGCUUUUGAAAUAAAAAAAAUGUUUUGGCACAUUUUCAACGCAAUUUGAAAAUACAGUGAAUUUAGAGCUCUGUAAGUGCUCAAAAUUUUUGAAUUCUAGAUUCUCUGAAUGAGAUUUUGAAAAAAAAUCACAUAUAUUUCAAAUCCUCUUUUCACAGUUGAGAAUUUUUUUUUAAAAUUAAAAUUGUCUGAAUUAAAGUUGGGUCUCAUCCCGUUUUCCAACUUUUUUUAAAAUGUAUUUUAUUUUCUUUCAAUUUUCUCCAACACAAAGACCAAUUUUAAAAAUAGAAUUGAUCAAUUUUGAGAACAGAUCCAUCAAAAACUGAAAAAAACUGGUAAUUAGUUUGUUGAUAAACCGAAAAAUGCAGACAUCUGGCGCCAAAUCUUUCAGAAUGUUUGAUUUAACAAAUCACAUGCGCCUGAAAAAAAUGGUUUCACUUUUAGACUUUCAUUUUUUCGAAAAAAAAAUAUAUAAGUAAGGUAAAAACGUAACAAAAAUCCGACUCUCCUUGUUUUAUGAACCUUACAAGAAAUGUUCCAAAUCACAAAAAAGUGUCAUAGAAAAAUGUGAGAAAAAUGUUGGAUAAGAAUUCGCCAAACAGAUAAAUCCAACAAAUAAACUUUACGAUGAUAACAGAUCAAAGUUUCAAUAAUUUUUCAGAAUUUGUAAAUGUUAGUUCAUAGUACUUGUAAGAAAAAAAGAAAAAUUCCAAAUUUAUGUUUAUUUUUCCAGGAAAAAAGCGAAGAAUGUGGCUAUUGUCGGCUAACAAUCAUCGCUCUAAUCAUCGCAAUAUUCUCCGCACUUUUAACACUAGCAAUCGCAAGUUUUAUGUAUCACGGUGUACACGAUUCAUAUCCAAUAAUGCCAAAAGAGGUAAUCAAUAAAUGUAGUCAUUCGUAGUGCCUAAUCAUUAGAAAAAAAAGCAUUCAGCUGAUUGAUUGCGGGUAUCUUGUUAGAUUUUCUAAAAAUACAUUUACCCAAUCUAUCUAUAUUUUUAUGAUCCGCAUUCCUCGAAUCUUAUCACUUCUGUGUGAUGUGUUUUCUUCAUAUUAUAUAUACAUUUUUCUUGCAGAUCAUGUCGUCUUCUAUGAAACGUCUUCUUGUUCCACACAAAAAAGUGAUAAUAUUGAAAAUGGAAGCCAAAAAUCGAUGUUAUAUUUUGCCCAUUCAUUUAUCACAGGUAUUUGGGAUUUUCGAAUUUUUUAAAAAAUGAAACAACUAAUUUUCAGAACCUUGCCAAUACAAAAUUGUCAUUUUUGAACAUUGCUUUAAGCCACGAUCUACUUUUCGAUGUUGCCGGUGAAGAUGGUGUUGAUUUUUGUGCAACUACACCGGCUUAUAUUUUGGAAAAGGAUUCUUGA